UGUGCACUCACUCACUCGCUAUGGCUUUAUAUCUAUUGCUUGUGCUUCUUCUUUGCUGUUCUAAUCCUGCCAUUCUUGCGGUUUCUACCAACGUUCACAUAGUGUAUAUGGGAGAAAAGGCAAAGGAUGAUGAGCCUCAACUGCUUCUCAAUUCUCACCAUAUGCUUCUCUCUUCAAUCCUUGGAAGCAAAGAAGCAGCAGAGGAAUCAAUUGUGUACAGCUACAAGCAUGGAUUCUCAGGAUUUGCUGCUAUCUUAACUUCUUCCCAGGCCCAAAUUAUUGCAGAUAUGGCUGGGGUUGUUGCUGUAAUUCCAAACAGAAUAUACCAACUACACACAACAAGAAGUUGGGAUUUUUUGCAAGUGAAUCCUCACUUGAGCCAUGGGAUUCUUCUAAAAGCUCGGUCUGGAACUGAUUCCGUUAUUGGCAUUCUCGACUCAGGAAUAUGGCCUGAAUCGGCGAGUUUUAGAGAUGACGGGAUGAAACAAGUUCCCGCGCAUUGGAAGGGAACUUGCCAAAAGGGACAAGAGUUCGAUCCUUCUCAUUGCAAUAGGAAAAUUAUCGGUGCACGUUGGUAUAUAAAAGGGUACGAGGCGGAGUUCGGGGAGCUUAAAAACGAAGACGGUAUGGAGUUCCUAUCGCCACGAGAUGCCGAAGGUCACGGCACUCAUACGUCUUCUAUUGCCGCCGGCAUUGACGUAGAAAACGCGAGCUUUUUAGGACAAGGCCGAGGAACCGCCAGAGGAGGUGCGCCGUCCGCGAGGUUAGCCGUGUACAAGGUUUGCUGGGCGACCGGUGGUUGCAGCUCCGCAGACAUUCUGGCAGCAUUCGACGACGCCAUCCAUGAUGGAGUCGACGUAAUAUCCAUGUCUCUUGGCUCCACGCCUCCUCUCGCAACAUUCGUCGAUGAUGCCGUUUCCAUUGGCUCGUUCCAUGCGACAGGAAACGGAAUUCUGGUUGUGUGCUCGGGUGGAAAUAGCGGUCCGUUUCCGGAGACCGUCGGGAAUACCGCCCCUUGGGUGAUCACGGUCGCCGCCAGCACUAUAGAUCGUUAUUUCCCCGUUACGAUGACCUUAGGAAACAAUCAAACGGUUUCGGGUCAAUCGCUAUACAUGGUGACAUAUCUUAAUGAAUUCUACCCAAUAGUGUACGGUGAAGACAUAACAAGGGAUGAUGCCGAUGGGGUCGAUGCAAGAAGUUGUACUUCAGGAUCAUUGAACGCUACGUUAGCCAAGGGGAAGGUCCUUCUUUGCUUCGAAACACGGACACAAAGAUCCGCCGCCGCAGCCGCAAGGGCGGUGAAUGAAGUUGACGGCGUCGGCCUUGUGUUUGCCAAGUACCCGACUAAGGAAGUUAACUUGUGCUUGGACGUCCCGUGCGCCCAAGUGGACUUAACUAUCGGGACAUCGUUGCUUUCUUACAUUGCGACGACGAGCGACCCCGUUAUAAGAUUUAAUGUUCCAAAAACGGAAGUCGGGCAUCAAAUUGCCCCAAAUGUGGCACUCUUUUCGUCAAGAGGACCGAACUCACUCUCUCCUACGGUGCUAAAGCCGGAUAUCGCUGCUCCCGGCGUUAACAUUCUUGCCUCAUGGUCGAGCGCUUUAGCCGCACAACCCUCUGGGGGCUUCAAGGAGGGAAACGAUUACCCGUUUAAAUUCAAAUUUGCUUCGGGUACCUCGAUGGCUUGCCCUCAUGUCUCGGCCGUUGCGAGCCUCUUGAGGACUAUUCAUCCCCAAUGGAGCCCCGCCGCGAUUAAAUCUGCUAUAAUCACAACCGCUUCUUCCACCGAUGAAUAUGGUUAUGCUACAUUAGCGGAAGCAUCUCCGCACAAGAAAGCCGAUCCUUUCGACUACGGCGGAGGUCAUAUCGAUCCCAAUAGGGCUAUCGACCCUGGUUUGAUCUAUGACUUGGGUUCGAAAGAUCAUGCUCAAUUCUUAUGUGCAUCGGGCUAUAACGCGACCGCGAUUGGUUCACUCACCAAGGCUAACGAGCCAUGCUCAAAAAUUAAAAAUUUUCUUACUAAUUAUAAUCUUCCAGCGAUCGUUGUACCAAAAUUACAUAGAAGUUUUAUUGUGUCCCGACUCGUAACAAAUGUUGGCCCAGAUUUCUCGAUCUACACGGCGAGGAUCGAAGCUCCGGCUGGCGUGGACGUCGUAGUCGAACCUUCGGUCUUGGUUUUUACAGUUGGGGUGAAAAAGCUUAGGUUUAAAGUAAAACUUUGCUCGAAGAUAAGAGCUAUGGGGAGCUAUUCUUUUGGUAGUCUGAUUUGGGAAGACGGAUUUCACGUUGUAAAAAUUCCUUUGGCGGUUAAUUUCGUUGUUUGAGAUUAAAAUUAUCUUGUUUUUAUUUAGGCAUGUUUACGAUUAACAAGAUGUAUGUUCUUUUUGUGCUUUG